AUGGUCAGGAAACCGAUUUGUAUGGAUGUUAUAAUAACAGAAGAAGUUGAGUUGCUUAAGAAGUCGGAUGAGUCUUAUGAGAAGGAACUUCGCAUAGUUUUAUUGGGGAAAAGAGGAAGUGGAAAAAGUGCAACAGGCAAUACUAUCCUUGGAAAAAGAAUGUUUGUAGAAUCAUCUUCUGCAAAGUCAGUCACCAAGGAAUGUCAAAGAGAACACAUUUCAAGAUUUGGAAAGGAUAUUCAAGUUAUCGAUACUCCCGGAUUGUUUGAUACAGAUAUCCCUAAUUCCUUUGUGCAUAUAGAAAUAUCAAAAUGCAUAGCUAUUAGUGCACCAGGUCCACACGCAUUUAUUUUAGUUCUCGGGCUUACCAGAUUCACCCAGGAGGAUUACGACGCUGUACGUCAGUUUAUCGAUCGUUUUGGAAAAGAUAUUUAUAAUUAUUUUAUAAUACUCUUUACAGGAAAAGAUUACUUAGAUUAUGAGAAAAAAACGCUAGAUAUUCAUUUACAUACCCUACCAGACAACUUAACAAAAAUUAUAGAAAGAUGUGGCAACCGCUGCAUAUGCUUCAACAAUAGGUCAAACGAAGCUGAAAAAGAAAAACAAGUGAAAGAUCUCUUGAAAAUGAUUGAAGAAAACUCCAACAGAAAUGGAAAGAAGUAUUACACUGAUGAAAUGUAUGCUGAAGCUUCAAGAAUUAUGAAACAAAGAGAAUAUGAAAUUAGAAAGGAAAUGGAAAGAAAAAGAGAGGAAGCAAUCAAUGCAAAAAGAUCAGAACUAGAGGAACACUUUAAAAAAAGAAUACGUAUAUGCGCCAUUGUCAGUGAAAAAGAUACAAGGGACAUUCGUUUAAAUGAACUAAGAACGUAUCUUGUUAAACAGAAAUAUCCAGUUCAGCUUAUGAAUGAUGGAAUACUUAAAGCCAAGGAACAUGAAAGAUCGGAAUUACUUUUAGCCAAAGGACGUGAAGUUAGCGAGAAUAUUAUUCCCUUUGUGCACACGCAUAAUCCCUGGAACCAGAACAUCAACCCCAUUGUUCACCAACUGAACACAAUUCUCAGAUAG